AUGGAUUAUGUUCAACAAUUAACAUCGAUACAAACUUAUGUGUAUGCGUACGGUGGUACAUUUCUAGCAGUUGCGGGAAGUCUUGGUUGUGUCCUUAACUUGCUGAUUUUCUCAAAGAAAAAUCUUCGCAAAAGCCCAUGCUCGUUCUAUUUUCUCGCAUAUAAUCUUGCUAAUUUCCUUGAAAUUUCAACAUGUUUUUCCCAAGGAAUAUCAGUAUUUGGUUUUAACGGCAAUCUUCCUACAUACAGUACCACUUAUUGUCGUCUGAUGUAUUAUGUUGGCUAUGUUCUGGACGUGCUUAGUCCGUUUUAUCUCAUUCUGGCUUCGAUUGAUCGAUCGAUCGCCACUUCACGAAAUGCACGUAUCCGUCGGCUAAGCAACCAUCGUCUCGCAUAUGCGUGCAUUCUCAUUGGAACAAUAUUCUGGAUGUUAUUUCAUAUUCAUGCAGUGUUCUUCUUCAAAUCAAUUCAAAUUAUGCCAAACUACAAUGUUUGUUACACGGAUUCAAAUGUUUAUUUAGCAUUUGCUAAUUAUUAUGCAUUAUCGAAGACCUUUUGCGUACCAAUAUUGAUGUUGAUCUGUGAAAUUCAUACGAUUCGAAGCUUUCGACUUGCACAUCGUGCCGCUAUUGCUCCAGUGUCAACAGUUGCUAGCACCGUCGGAGGUGCCAAACGUCAAAAAGAUGGACAACUAAUGAAAAUUCUACUUAUCAAUGUCACUGUUUAUAUUCUGUUCAACUUGACGCCUGUGAUUGUUUGCAUUUAUAAGCAACUCACACAGUCUGAAAACGAAAGUUUCGAUGAAAUGCAACUAGAUUCGUUUCUAACAAAUGUAUCGACCUUAGUUUAUUAUAUUCCACCAUCAAUUAGCUGUUACAUAAAUCUGGUUGUGUCGAAAACGUUUCGAGCAGAAAUUAAGAAGUUAUUUCUGUAUAAAUAG